UUAAAAUCCAAUAUGGCUGUGUUUAUUUCGGGGCACUGCGUGUUUACUACUGUUUAGAGUGUUAUUAUAACAGACAAACAGCAUAGCUGAGUUUACAUACAAAUUAUUUUGCAUGUAUAUGUUUACAUAUAUAAUAUUCUAUUAUAGAAGUUACAGUUAAUUUUAAAUGUAAACGCACGAUAUCCAGGAGCACGUCAUGAUGCAUAUAUUUGAUCAAAUUCUCCAAUAUGGCAUUAUGGAACGGCGUUUUAGAAACGGAGAACGUAAUACAUGGUUGAUUGGUGAUGAUGGUUAUGGCUUGGAACCUUGGCUGAUGACACCUUUAAAGAAUGAAAUACCAGGUUCAUCAAGAUUUCGCUAUAACGAUGCUUUAUGCAGCGCUCGAUCAUGUGUAGAAAGAUUAUUUAGUGUUUGGAAAGCUGUAUUUAGAUGUUUAUCGGCUUAAAGACAGUUAAUGUACGAACCUGGUAUGGCAGGCAAAAUAGUGAAUGCAUGUGCUGUACUACAUAAUAUGAGAAUUGCACAUAGAA